UUUGGUCAGCUUUUGUUGGACCCUUCGCAUUUCCUUCCUUCUCUCCUCUUUACCCCCCAUCACCACCAUCGCCAUUUUCUUCCCUUCCCUUCCCUUCCCUUCCGAUUCUUCAAUCACAUACCCGCUCAGUGUGUAAGGGAGAGUGAGUGUGUGUUCGAAGAGUAAGAAGCAAUGGGUUGGUUCCCGUGUUCUGGGAAAUCGAAGAAGAAAGGAGAAAAACAAAAGGGCAACAAGUCUGAUCAUCAGAUCCCUUCAAAUAUAGAUAAACAAAAGGUAAAUUCAUCCCUUGAUGUAAAGAAGGAAUCUUUUGAUGGGGGAUCUGGUUAUAUUGCUGCACACACCUUUACUUUCCGUGAAUUGGCUACCGCAACCAAGAAUUUUAGGGCUGAUUGUCUUUUGGGUGAAGGUGGAUUUGGCAGAGUAUAUAGAGGGCGAUUAGAGAGCACUAAUCAGAUUGUUGCUAUAAAGCAACUUGAUCGCAAUGGUUUGCAAGGGAACAGGGAAUUUCUUGUUGAAGUGUUGAUGUUAAGUUUACUUCAUCACCCACACUUGGUAAACUUGAUUGGUUAUUGUGCUGAUGGAGAUCAGAGACUUUUGGUGUAUGAAUACAUGCCAUUAGGGUCGUUGGAAGACCAUCUGCAUGACAUUUCACCUGAUAAAAAGAGACUUGACUGGAAUACAAGAAUGAAAAUAGCCGCCGGUGCUGCAAAGGGCUUGGAAUAUUUGCAUGAUAAAGCGAACCCACCUGUUAUCUACAGGGAUUUGAAAUGUUCAAAUAUUUUACUAGAUGAAGCGUAUAAUCCAAAGCUAUCUGAUUUUGGGUUGGCAAAAUUGGGCCCUGUUGGGGACAAGACCCAUGUAUCCACCAGAGUGAUGGGAACCUAUGGAUAUUGUGCGCCAGAAUAUGCAAUGACAGGACAACUUACAUUGAAAUCAGAUGUUUAUAGUUUUGGAGUUGUCCUUCUGGAGAUCGUCACUGGCAGAAAGGCAAUUGACAAUUCAAGAGCUGCUGGCGAGCACAAUUUGGUUGCAUGGGCCCGGCCCUUGUUCAAAGACCGUAGGAAGUUCUCACAGAUGGCUGAUCCCAUGCUUCAAGGUCAGUACCCAUCUAGGGGUUUGUAUCAAGCGCUUGCUGUUGCUGCUAUGUGUGUCCAGGAGCAACCCAACAUGCGACCUUUGAUAACAGACGUAGUUACAGCCCUAACUUAUCUUGCUUCCCAGAAAUACAGUCCAGAGACGCAACCAGUCCAAAGGCUCAGCUCCGGUUCCUCGACACCUAGAAUGAGACGAGAACUGUGAUAGCAGCCGCAAACGGAAAAAAAAUUGCCCAAGUAUCUGAGUUGUUCUGCUCCUUUGGAGUCAUGGUAGUACUGCUUUUAACCUUUGUAAGUUCCACUUCAGAAUGGUUUUAAGGAUGAAUGAGCACGAGGAUGGGUAUGCCUUCAUUGGCUAACUGCAAAUGAUCGGUGUUUGCCUAAUGUUGCAGUUCUCCAGAUGCCCAGCAAGAUGUUCAAUUUGGCUAUCAUGUUUAUUUGAGAAAGGAAGAAAAUUGUGAAGGAAACAAGUUGAAUCUCCACUCGCACCACGUCUACAGUGUGAAAAGGUCUUCUUUUUUGGUUAUUUUCCUCGUUUGGUACUUGCAGGUCGUCGUUCCCGUGUGCAACUUAUUUUCAGAUUUACCAGAUGUAUCAUAUGAAGUUCUUUCUAUUUCCCGAGUGGAUUAUGAAGGCUUCUUUAUCUAAAUGUUCAUAUAGAGGGCAGGUAUAAUAUGUAUACUUGCUAGUAUUGGGAAGUCUUGAAUUUGUUGGCUGAUGGGAUCUUGUGAGUUAUAUAAUUGGUUUGCGCCAAUGUACUUCUUGCAUUU